GCGUGGACGGGAGCCGUUUUCCGUGCCCUUGAAUUGCAGUCGCAUCACACCAUGGUGGAUAGAGACACCCCAACCGAAUACACUCUUCUUACCCAUCUAAACACAAGUCUCCACCAACGUACCAUCGUUGUGGAAACAAGGAAAGUCGUACUGUAGAGACCAGCGCCGCGCCGUACCGCACCGCACCAACAGUACACUACUCUUGAGAACACAAGCGACGGCCUACACAACAAAAGAACAAACCGACCUAUAUAAUGGGAAACUCGGCUUCCUCGUUGCCGUACGCCAUUGGGAAACAAACGGCGAUCGUCAAUGACGGUUGGGCGUUGCAUGAAGGCACACAAAAGUCGGACGGUUCGGACGUGUCGGUCUUUGUGGCGAAGAAAGCCGUCUUGAACAAGACCGCCAUCGAUCGGGCACGCGAUCCGUCCCGGACGCAGCUCGAACCCGCCCUCCACCACUUCUCCUAUUGCAAGAAACUGCGUCAUCCGCACAUUCUACAGGUACUGGCGACGCUCGACACCGAUCACCCUAACGACGCCAAUAACGCGACUGCGGUAUCGUCUACUGCCGCAUCGCAAGCGACCAAAGAAACGGGGGAUCUCAUCAUCGUUACCGAACGCUGUGUGCCACUCGACGUCUGGUUGCAGCAAGAAAAUCCUCCCCCGGAACAAUUGGCCUGGGGACUAGAAGUUGUCGUUUGUGCCCUACAUUUUCUACACGCUUCCGCCAAUCUCGCGCACGGAAACAUCUCGCCGGCCUCUUUUUUCGUGACCCGCGCCGGAGACGUCAAACUCUGGAACUUUGUCCUCGUCACCCCAACACACCAGGCUUCCGGAGGACUCUCGAACCAUUUUCAAACCUACGAGGAUCUCCUCACCCCACAGCCCUACCGUUCGCCCGAACGACAACAACGCAAUUGGGCCGCGCUAGCGGCGGAGGGGACGCACGCCAUGGACAGUUUCGGCUUGGCUUUGUUGAUUGCACACUUUUACGGAGGCACGGUCCCCCCGCCUCUGCAGAAGGCUGUCCAACGACUGCAAACGCCCAACGUCAAAAUGCGCCCCCGUCUUCAACCACUCCUCAAAUGCCCGCUCUUCGAUACACCCUACCAAAAAUUACAACUCCAACUCGAAGAAUUCAUGGUCAAACCGGUGGAAGAGAAAAUCGCAUUUUGGCAAAACUUGACGCCCCAGUUACAGGCCGCCUUGAUUCCGGAAAAUCUAGCCGUGUACAAGUUAAUGCGCAUCAUGAAAUCCACCAUUGACACCAUCUGCCAAUCUGACUCGAUGCGAUCACAAGAUAUGUAUCGACGAGAAUAUUUGUUGUGCGAAUCUCACCCCAUUCUGGUUCCGUCGCACCACGCAGUAUCCUCUAUACUAAAACCGCUCUUUUUUGUUGGCGAGCAUUACUUGGACAACGAUUUUGGCAAAGAACUGACGUCGACCGUUUCUAUUUUGUUCACGGUGAACGACCGAGGCAUUCGAGGCGCUCUCUUGCAAAAGGCUUCCCUUUUUUCCAAACAUCUCGACAAGAAUACCCUCAAUCAAGCUGUUUUUGAGCCCGUGUGCAGUGGAUUCUCGGAUUCCAGUUCCGCCCUGCGGGAACUCACCCUCAAAGCCACGCUCGGCAUGGUCCCCUGCUUGACGCCGCCUAGUUUAGAAAAGCUUUCACGGUAUCUCGUACGCUUGCAGAGCGAUCCCGAAGCCUCUAUCCGGACCAACACUGUCAUUUUCUUAAGAAAACUCGCACCACAUUUGACCGAUACGACGCGCCACAAAAUGCUGCUGCCAGCUUACGUAAGGGCCCUGAAAGAUCCUUUUACGCCAUGUCGAUUGGCAGCUUUGCAAUCGGUGCUGACUUCCAAGGAGUUUUUCGAACCCAACAUUUUGGCGGGUAAGGUAUUGCCUGCGGUUACACCCUCAUUGUUGGACGGAGCAGCCGAUGUCCGCAAAGAGGCCUUCACUGUAGUGGACGAUUUAUUGUUCGCGUUGCGGCAAGAAAGCGAACGCAUGAACUCCCAACCGGAUGCAUCCGCAAAGACCGCGGUGACGGCGCCGGGAGUACCUCCAUCUGUCCCCCAGACGUCGACUACUCCAGUUCCGUCGGCGCCGUCGUCUGGAGGAUACUUGACCGGACUGUCCUCCUGGAUGACAUCCUCGGCCAAGCCGACUGAACCUGUUCCGUCGACGGCAAGAGCUGGACCGCCGCGUAGUGCCCCAGCUCCCGCCAUAUCUGCGCCAGCCGCAGGAGCAGGGUAUACACCUGCUGCACCCCUCGCCAUGGCGCACCUGACGCUCGAUGAUGAUGCCAAUGACGACGACGGUGGAUGGGGGGACGACGAUCUCGAUGUAAGUGAACCGCCGAGGGCACAACGACCAACGGGGGUGACCACGACAAAGAGCUCCUUGUUUGCACCGGCACCUGCAGAGGACGACUUCUUUGGGUCAUUUGAUGCUAAGCCUGUGAAGCAAGCUUCUUUGCGUGUGAGCAGUGCGGGCAAACUCAGCAUUCCUGCGAAAAAGACGAAACCAGUUACCAAAGCAGCUAUUACAAAACUCGCUGCAGACGAUAACAUGGACGACGGAUGGGACGAAUUUUAA